AUGGCCGCCCAACUGCGACCGCUCGUCGGUGACAUCCUGCGCCGUGCCCAUGCCAUGAGCUUCAGCACGAAGCCGCACAGCACGCCCGGCGGCGGCAAGCGCUGGACGCCCAAGCCGCGCACCGACCUCUUCCCGAGCAAGCCGCACGUGAAGAAGCCGGUGACGAUGGCGCCCAAGGCCGGCGCCGCGUCGACCGAUGCGGUCACGUGGGACAAGGAGCUCAAGAAGUGGGUCGCGUACGAGGAGCCCAAGCCGGUCGCGUCGCCAGCGCGCAUGCUGCGCACGGAGACAAAGCCGACGCCGAUCAAGAGCGGUGAACCGGGCCGCUUCCGCCUCUUUGGCAACACGGACCUCAAGGUCACUGUGCCCAAGCUGCCGACGUCCAAGUUGCCGACGUCCAAGCUGCCGACCUCCAAGCCGGCCGAGAAGCACGUGACGCGCAAGGAUUGGCGCCACAACCCGCCGCACUCGCACAGCUUUCAGGACCCGAAGAAGAAGGCGCAUGCCCACACUGCUGCGCAAAAAGCGCUGCAGUUUGAAAAGAGUCUCUUCGACUCGGAGUCGUCGCUCUUCCCCGACAUUGACUGGAAGUCGCGGCCUCGGAACGACCGCCGGCGCUUCCAGGAGCGUCAGAACUCGGCGCAGCGGUCGCGCAACUCCAAGAACAACCAGAUGCGCAAGCGUGAAAUGAUCGCCGAGCACCUCAAGGACCUCAAGGUCGAGAUUCCGACCACGAUCACAGUCUCGGACCUCGCGGAGCGCAUGUGCAUCAAGUCGUUCAAGCUCGUGCGCGUCCUCAAGAGCCUUGGCGAGCGCGUCAACGAUGACACGGAGAUUUCGGCCGAAGUCGCCGAGCUCGCGGUCGAAGAGAUGGGCAUGAUCCCGAUCCUCAUGCAGGGUUUCGUGGACUUGACGCGGACGCAGAUCCCGGACGACUGCAGCAGCUUUCCCGUGCGCCCGCCGGUGGUCUCGGUCAUGGGCCACGUCGACCACGGCAAGACGACGCUUCUGGACGCGCUGCGCAACACGACGACCAAGGAGCACGGCGGUAUCACGCAGAGCAUUGGCGCGUUCACGGUGCCAAUGGACGAGUCGCCAACGCCCAUCACGUUCUUCGACACGCCUGGCCAUGCCGCGUUUAGCAACAUGCGCGCGCAGGGCUGCCACCUCACGGACGUGCUCGUGGUCGUCGUCGCGGCCGACGACGGCAUCCGCCCGCAGACCAAAGAGGUUCUCGAGCUCGCGAAAGAGCACGAUUUGCCCAUGAUCAUUGCGAUCACCAAGUGCGACCGAUUCGAAGACCAGGAAGACGAAGUCAUCGAGCGCAUUUCGCAAGAACUCGAGUUCAACGGCAUUGAAGCGCACGACACGCAGCUCGUGUGCGUCUCUGGCAAAACGGGCAAGGGGUUGGACGAGCUCAAGCAGGCCAUUGUGCUCCAGGCGGAGCUCAUGGACCUCCGCGCCGACACGACCGCGCCGGGUGAAGGGGUAGUCGUCGAAGCCACGCUCGUGCGCGGGUGGGGCACCACGGUCGACAUGAUGGUGACGUGGGGUACGGUCUCGGUCGGCCAGUUUGUCGUCUGCGGCCUCGAGUACGGCAAGAUCAAGUCGCUCGUCGAUGAAAACGGCAAGCCCGUCAAAACCGCGUCACCGAGUAUGCCCGUGCGCAUGGUGGGUCUCAAAGAGCUGCCCAAGACAGGCGACUCGAUCCUACCGGUGGAGACGGAGGAGCGGGCCAAAGAGAUUGUCACGGAGCGCGCGCGCAUCCAAGAGCAAGUGCGGCUCAAGGAGCUCGCGGCCACCAUGGCCGACGGCGAGAAGAAGGACCAC